UUCUCUUUCUUUUCCAAUCGCGCUCUUGUCAAGUGUGCUUGUUCGGAAUCCGCUAAGGCAUUUCUUUGCGACUUGCACCGUAAAUAAUACCACAAAACAAGUGAAAAAUGGCUCUAUCUAAAGCUGAAUUAGCCUGUGUUUAUGCAGCACUCGUCCUCGUUGACGAUGAUGUCGCCGUAACUGGUGAAAAACUCCAAACCAUCCUCAAGGCUGCCAACGUCGAUGUUGAACCCUAUUGGCCCGGUUUGUUCGCCAAAGCCUUGGAAGGUUGCAACGUCAAGGAAUUGAUCACGAACAUCGGAUCAGGCGUUGGAGCUGCCGCACCUGCCGCUGCUGCACCCGCUGCCGCUGCCGGAGGAGCUGCUGAAGCCAAGAAAGAAGAGAAGAAGAAGGAAGAAUCCGAGGAAGAAGAAGAUGACGACAUGGGAUUGGGUCUCUUCGGUUAGAUUUCGAAUUUUUUUUUUUCAAAAACAUCAAAAAAGUCACGACAUCCGCUUGGAAUAUUUGUGCAGUUCAAUGCGCAUCUAAUCUAACGUACAAAAAAAGUUUAUUAGAAAUCUAAUAAAAAAAAGUGAUGUCAAAAAAAUCUUAAAACUAA